AUGGGCAACCACAUGUGGAGCAUCAUCGUGGUUCUGCUGGUGCUGGAGCAGCUGGUGGCCGAAUCCGUGGCGGCCAAUCUUGCCCAGCUAGUGAAGAAGCAGAGUCAGCAGAAGCAGGCGCAAUCCUCGCAGGCGGGACAGCAGCCAGGACAACAACUGCCACAGGGACAGCAGAUCCAUGCCCAGCAGUAUGUCCAGGAUAACCUGGCCGAGCAGCAAGAUCUCAAGUCUGAGGACGAGGAGGACCACGAUCCCUACCAGCUGCUGCAGGAGUCGAAACAGGAGUCCCGUCUGCCCAACUCUGCCAACUAUCCCUGGAGUCCCUAUGCCGCGCCCCAGGGGAAUCCCUACGAGGCCAUGCCUAAGAUGCUGCCCUUCAUCGGCUAUGCCCAGCCAGUUCUCAUCCCCUUUCCCCUCUACCUUGCUCCGGAUAUGUUCUAUCCCGCCUUCUCCGGAGCCCCGAACAAUGACCUCGAGGAUGUGGUGAUGUCCAGAGCAGCCGGCGGACGUCGUCCUGGGGCGAAUCAUCCUUCACCUGCUCGCAAUUCACCUAUUUACUAUGUGAGAUUACCGCCCACACCUUAUAUGUUUUUGCCCAACAUGCCGACAUCUCCAUUUGGCGGAGGAUUCUCACCGCUGCUCACCUAUCAGCCGAUGCCCUCCUUCUCCGCCUACGGAUCCGUCUUCAAUCUGCCCGUGAACUUUUUGGCUAAUGGAAAGCCCACUGGAGUGUACCAGGUGAAUGGAUCUCCGGGAGAUGGACUGGGAGCCCUAACACCUGGCCUGGGUGGCGGGGGAUUUGGUAUGCGGCCUCCCACGCCCAGUAAUCCCUAUAGACCCAUGGCGACGCCUUCGAUGGGGGGUUACGGCGGCCCCCAGCAGAGCUUCGGCCUGGCCUCCAUGCCAGUUCCUCAGCAGGACUCCAAGCUUACCUCCCUGAAGCGUCCCUUCGUGUUCAACGGUCGUCCCGAGGACAUCUACAUCCUGCCCAACAACCUGAGUCCGCUCUACAACGAGCAGAGCUACUACUAA